AUUAGUGAAAAAAAAGUAACAAGGGAAUAUACUCCUAGCAACAGUAGUAGCGUCCCGUACACACUAUAUUAUUAUAUAGAGUGAAGUGAUAACCUGGAUGUAUGUAUAGAAUAUAGAUAUAGUUAUGGCGCUAAAAUCACAAUAACAACCCCACUCCAAUUAAUUAGGGUUUUUCUUUCUUUCAUUUCCCCCUUUUCAAUUCAAUUGAAUCGCCAUGGAGACAACCACUAACAAUUUAGUAGAGGAAACUAAUAACAAUCUUCAAACUACACCAAUUUCUUCAAACCCUAAUAAAGAUAAUCCGAUCACCGGAAAUGGCGGCGAUUCGCUUACCAAAUCACCCGCUAAUCUGGAUUUUAUACUGUCAGUUGCUGCUAAAACUGCGUCUCAGCCGUUGCAGUAUUCUGAUCCUGAUGUUUGGGGCGUUCUUACUGCUAUUUCCAAAAAAGCUCGUCUUCGCCGUCAGGGGAUAAAUAUGCUUUUGACUAGUGAUGAGCAUAUCAUUGGCCGAGCUGUUGCUGAUGCACGUUUUCAGAUUUUUUCGAAUCAAAUUAGUCAACAUCAUUGCAAAAUUUAUAGGAAGAAAGUUACUACCGAAGAUGCAGAGGGUCAAUCCAGACACUCUUUUUGCGGCUUCUUGAGAGAUACUAGCACAAAUGGAACAUAUCUUAAUUCAGAAAAGUUAAAUAAAAACACCCCUGAAUCCAAAUUACAUCAUGGAGAUAUCAUAUCAUUUGCAGCACCUGCUCAACAUGAACUUGCUUUUGCGUUUGUGUUUCGAGAAGUUCUUAAGCCUGCUUCAGGGACAGAAAACCCACCUCUGAAAAGGAAAGGAGAUGAAUUUGGCUCUGAAAACAAGAGGCUAAGAGGAAUUGGUAUUGGUGCUUCCGAAGGUCCUAUAUCUCUUGAUGAUUUCCGUAGCCUUCAGCGGUCAAAUACGGAAUUAAGGAAACAAUUGGAAGAUCAAGUUACCACCAUUGACCAAUUACGUAAUGAACACCGUGCAGCUACCGAGCUUCAUGAAAUUGAAAAGAAAAAGUUGAAGGAGUCUAUUUCAAAUACUUACACUGAUGAGCUAAAGGAGAUGCAUGAUCUUUUUGAAGCAAAACAGAAAGAAUUAGUAGAAGUCAAUAAAAUAACUUCUGAGCAAAAGCAUGCUAUAGUGGACCUUAAUGAAAGACUUAAAGCAUCCAUGCAGUCCUGUACAGAAGCAAAUGAAAUAAUGCGUAGCCAGAACGCAUCCAUAACUGAACUUAAAGCUCUACUAGAUGAAGAGAGGGAACAAAGAAAAGAGGAUCGCGAAAAGGCCAUGUCGAACUUGACAGCCUCAGUACAACGGGUUAAAGCAGAAGCUCAGGAGGAAUUGAAGCGGCUUUCAGAUGCGUCUCUUAGACGAGAAAAUGAGCAGCAGGAAAUUAUUAAUAAGCUUCAGGAAUCAGAAAAAGAAAGGUGUUUAUUGGUGGAGACUUUGAGAUCCAAAUUGGAAGACACGAGACAGAAAUUGGUUGCGUCAGAAAAUAAGGUCCGCCAGCUUGGGUCCCAGCUUUCUCAAGAGCAACGGAUUUUAUCCAUCGCCAAGGAAAAGGUACAAGAGCUUGAGCAUGAAACAAGCAGAUUGAGAGAAGAACUUGAAAGCGAAAAGAAGGCGGCUAGGGAAGAAGCCUGGGCCAAGGUUUCUGCUCUUGAACUUGAGAUUAGUGCUGCAAUGCGGGACCUUGACUUUGAAAAACGUAGGCACAAAGCUGCGCGGGAGAGGAUAAUGCUUCGGGAAACUCAGCUCCGGGCAUUCUAUUCAACAACAGAGGAGAUCUCUAGUUUAUUUGCGAAGCAGCAGGAACAGUUAAAGUCUAUGCAGAAAACACUAGAAGAUGAAGAGAAUUAUGAGAACAUAUCAGUUGAUAUCAAUCCGAACAUUGAUAACCACAAUCAGACUGAUUCUCUUCACCAAACUAAAGAAACAGUUGGGUCUCAAUGCAGUGGAGACAUGAAGGCGGCAGAUUCAACUACUUCAACUAAAAGGCGAGUCAGAAGUCGGGCCGAAACAUCAAGUGAUGAAGCCAGUGUAACUGAAAAGCAUGAAUGUGAUGCUAGAAAUCAAGAAACUUGUGAAGAAACCCAAGAAGCAGAGUUUACCAAUGUUGAACCUGGUGCUAAGGGAGCGUUUGGAUCGGAUAUUGAGGGUGGAAAUACGGCAGCAAUUGAAACUGAACAAGUUAUGGAAACUGAGACCCAGGGGCUUGACCAAAAUAUUGAUUUGAACAAGUUGGGUGAUGAUACAAUGAUGAUUGAUGAUGAUGUAGAGAUGGAAAUAGUUGAACCUGACGAGGGCGAGAAUUUACACCAAUCAAAGGACCCUAUUGAAGAAGAUGCAGAAGCUGGAGACAUCAUUAGAACAGGUGAUCUAUUGGCUUCUGAAGUUGCUGGGAGCUGGGCUUGCAGUACGGCUCCAUCAUGCCAUGGAGAGAAUGAGUCUCCUGGGAGUGGUGGUGGUGGUGUCGGUGGCGGCAUCUGUGGUGGUGGUGGGGUUUUGCAUGAUUCUGCAAGUGUGGCAGCUGAGAGCCAAACCGGUGUCGGGAGGAAUCCUGAGCAUGAAAAACUUACUAAAAUGAUAGGGAUCCUUGCCCCACAGAUGAAGGGGGAAUUUGGUGGUGUUAUAGAGAGUGAUAGUGAAAAGGGCAUUGAAUCUAACUCAGACACAGAAGAUUGCACUGAGAAUGAUGGCGAAUCUGAUGGGGAGACCGAAGUUAAUAAUAACGCGUUAGAUAAUGAUCAUAGAGCAACUGAAGCUGUUGAUGAGGAUGAUGAUGACGACGAGGAAACAACUCAGCAAGAUUCUGGGUAGAACUCAAUCAGUGGAUUCGUCUAGAGAUCUGAUAAAUCAAGCGAAGAAAGCAUAUGUGUGACAACAAGUUCACGAGGGUUUAUGAUAUUUCUAGGAGUUUGUUUCUGUACAUUGUGAAAUUGAGAGAUCAUUUUUUUAGGUUAGCUAUUAUUGUUUGUAAUUAGUUUUCUUGUAAAUAGGAAAGGUAGAAAAAAUUCAGCUUUAGUGAGCAAUUGAAAAUGUAUCGAUUGCAUGGGUCUGUGUACAUGUUUGGAACCGACUCUUAUGCUUCAUUUUUCUUUUCUGUAGAGAGAUUAAAUUCAGCUUUA